AUGAGGACAGCCACAGCAGAAAUAUUGCCUGAAUGUCUGAUUCACAAAAUACUCUCUUACCUCGAAUAUGAAGAAGCAGCAAAGAUGAGUAUUCUCUCCAAAACAUGGCUACAAGCCUGGUUGACUCAUCCCAACUUGCUUUUUAGACUUUAUUCGGAGCAAGACGUGAAAAUAAUAGAUCAAAUUCUAGAGAGAUAUGGGGACACAAAAACCCCUAUUUAUAUGUUUGAAUGCUCAAUAUAUUAUCGAAGGUAUGAUUUCGGUAAAUUUUUCCCUCUUAUUGAUACGUGGCUUACUGUCGCACUUAAUAACGGUGUAAAAUAUCUAGCGUAUAGAGAUUAUUUGAGAUCUCCAUCUUACCCCUUGUCUAUUGUAAGAACCUUAGCAGCAAAAUCUUUAAGAGAACUAGAUCUGGAGGGUUGUGAUCUGAUGCGUGUUUCAUUAUCUACUAGCAAUGUGAUAAACUGCAAUUCUUUGAGAAAACUUUCUCUACAUGAUGUCCAUUUAGACGACAAGAUGUUUCAGAUUUUAUUCGCUAGUUGUCCCUUAAUUGUCAAUAUCGUCAUUCAUCAUUGUGUUGGGUUGACAGAGAUUGAGGUGCGAAAUCUUCAAAAAGUCAAGUCAGUUUCUAUUAAGACAAAGAAAAACCAGUGUGUUACAAUCCAAGCACCAACUCUCGAAUACUUGUCCUAUAAUGGGUUUUCGAAAGAGUCUUCGAUGUUGGAUAUUGUUGAAUGUUGGAGUUUAAAAUCUUUAGAGCUAUCUUGUGAGAGGAUAUCUGAUGGAUUUCUGGAGCACCUUAUUUUUAGAUCGCAAUUCCUUGAGAGUUUGAUAUUAAAUAGUCUUUCCAUAGGGUUGGAAAGUAUUAACUUGUGCGGGAGCCAAUCUAUAAAGUUCUUGAAGAUUCUGGCUUGUGAGGGUAUUCGGGAGAUUGAUGCUCCAAAUCUGGUAACGCUUGAGUAUAUGGGAAGUCAAAUUCCCAAACUAAAACUAGCAAAAGAAUCAAGCCAAUUGAAGCACUCAAAACUCUUUCUUUACUGCCGCAACAAUAUUUUAAAUAAUGCAUGGUUUUGUGAGCUGAAGAAAUUUCUAUCAAACUCGACCUCGUGGUCUGAAGUUACUCUUAAGUUUUACCAGCGCAAUGAAAUCAACAGGAAAGAAUUGCAACUGCUUGCUAACCCUCAAUUGAACAUUUACCCGCAAGUGGACGUUUUAGAUGUAGAGAUAUAUCUGACUAGAGAAUGCCCAGCUUUUUUGGAUGCUUUACUAUGGAGUUGUCAUCCAACGAAACUCAACCUAUCAUCAACUUACCAAAUGAUUACAUGUUUCAUCGAUCAUUUAUUAUACUGGAAGAAUUUUCAUUCUAUUUCUUGUGUAAUCAAGAAUUUGUAUAGGCAAUUAAAAUGUCUCAUCCAUCAUAUAAUAUAUGGAAGCCAGCUUUGGCAUAGUCGAUUAAAACAAGUGAAAGCCUGCAGAUAUGAUUGGAUAAAGAUGAUGAGCUGGAAGCCUGAGGAACUCACAUGUAUGGAGCUGGCAAGGAGGAACCUUUGGGAGAGGGACCGUAUUUGUUUUUUGUUUGAUUGGCAUUGCACCUAG